GAACGCGUCACAGCUGAAGCAGUUGCAGGAUCAGAUUCUGUUGGAGCAACAGGAAGUAGCCACCUGGCAGCAGGAACAGCCCAUCCAGGAAGUCCCGCCUCCACCACAGGAAGUGCAUCCACCUGCUCCUUCAUCCCCCCCUCUCCCACCUCCCCCCUCCUUCCAGGAGCUGGAGAGCAGCGCCACCAUGCAGGCCAGCACCUUCAACUACGCCCGGCCCAAGCAGUUCAUUGCCGCCCAGAGCCCGGGCCGGGCGGGCUACGUCACCCAGUCCUCCGGCUCCUCCGGGUCCAGCCUGUCCUCCCCUCUGUCUCCCCCGGCCUCACACAAGCCCUUCACCCGGGUCACCGUGCCCCCCCCCACCAAGGCCGACAGCGUGGAGUCUCCCAGCUCUCCUUCCUUCCCGCCUCCCCCCCCGCCCUUCUUCAGCUCCAGUAACCUGUCCUCUCCGUCAGGCCCCGCCCAGGACUUCCCUCCCCCUCCGCCUCCCCCCCCUCCGCCACUCCCCAUGUCUCCAGCACUCUCAGAUUUGUCCUCGCCGUUCUCCUCCUUCCCUCCGUCUCCAGCCUCCAGCUUCCUGUCCUCCGUGCUGCCCUCCACACCUUCCUCCCCCGACAGCCCCACCCUCAACGCCCUGGGGCUUCCUAAAGGCAGCGGCACAGUCAAAGCGUUCCCCAGGAAGUCCUCGGUCACCCGGUCGCCCCGCGUGACCUCCGACUCCGACAUCCAGGGCUCCAAAGACGCCGUCAUCCAGGACCUGGAGAGGAAACUGCGCUUCAAAGAGGAGCGCAUGAGCAACGGUCAACAGAAGUUGACCUAUGAGGAGAAGAUGGCCCGCAGACUGCUGGGGGCCGACAACGCAGCCACAGUGUUAAACACACAGGAGGCCGAGGAGGAGCCCGUCACACAGGAGUACAAAGUCUCCAGCUUCGAGCAGCGUCUCAUCAGUGAGAUCGAGUUUCGUCUGGAGCGCUCCCCGGUGGAGGAGUCCGAUGACGACGUGCAGCACGACGAGGACUCCGCCGGGCGCGGCUUGGCGCCGGCCUUCCACCAGAAACUCAAACACUACAAAGUGUUUGAGGGCAUGCCGGUCACCUUCUCCUGCAAAGUCCUCGGAGAUCCCAAACCAAAGGUGGGCAGAGCCUGUUACUGGUUCAAAGACGGAAAGCAAAUCUCCAAGCGCAGCGAGCACUACAGAAUCAGCCGAGACGCUGACGGGACCUGCUCGCUGCACACGGCUGCAGCCUCCCUCGACGACGACGGCAACUACACCAUGAUGGCAGGAAACCCUGAGGGUAGGGUGAGCUGCACCGGCAGGAUGAUGGUGCAGGCCGUGAACCAGCGAGGACGCAGCCAGCGCUCCGCCCCGGGACACAUGCGCAGGCCCCGGUCCCGGUCUAGAGACAGCGGCGAUGAGAACGAUAACAUCCAGGAGCGCCACUUCCGCCCUCACUUCCUGCAGGCGCCCGGUGACCUCAUCGUGCAGGAGGGACGACUGUGCCGGAUGGACUGCAAGGUGAGCGGCCUGCCCACCCCCGACCUCAUCUGGCAGCUGAACGGACAGACCAUCCGCCCCGACUCCGCCCACAAGAUGCUGGUGAGGGAAAACGGAGUGCACUCAUUGGUCAUCGAGCCCGUCACCAGCCGCGACGCCGGCAUCUACACCUGUAUCGCCAGCAACCGGGCCGGGCAGAACUCCUUCAACCUGGAGCUCAUCGUUGCAGCUAAAGAGAUGCACAAGGCGCCGUCAUUCGUGGAGAAGCUGCAGAACACGAGUGUGGCGGACGGGCAUCCUGUGCGGCUGGAGUGCCGCGUCACCGGGGUGCCAUACCCUCAGAUCUUCUGGAAGAGAGAGAACGAGUCCUUCACUCACAACACAGACAGAAUCAGCAUGCACCAGGACAACUGUGGCUACCUGUGUAUGAUCAUCCAGCCCGCCACGAAGGAAGACGCCGGCUGGUUCACCGUGUCAGCCAAGAACGAGGCCGGCAUCGUGUCCAGCACCGCACGCCUCGACGUGAACACUCAGUGGCAGCAGCCGAACCUCCCGAAGCUGAAGAAGGUGCGCCUCACCAGCCGCUACGCUGCCCUGACGGAGAGAGGGCUGGACGUGAAAGCCGCCUUCUUCCCUGACUGUAGCCCGCUGCCGCCCGGCGGCCUGGUGGAGAGUGACGACCUGUAGAGCCCCCCCCCCCCUCAGGUCUCCUGAGACAAACACUUAAUGACGGAGACAAGGGGACACUGAGGGACACAGGACUAAAGGCUCGCUAGCCGUGCUUUUCAUAUGUUUUUAUAGUUUCACACAACACGGUAUAUUCAGAGCCCCCCCCCCACCAUAAGUGCCUCUCGUGACUGUGAAGGUUUAAAGUGACCAAACACUUCAAACCUUCACGUUUAAUUAUCUCCGUCAUCAAUGAACUUUGAGGCCUGAAGUGUGACAGCUGAUGUGCAUAUAAUUAAUCUUCUGCUCAUGUU